AUGGCUAAAGCCAAGGGAAAGAAGGAAGUCAAGAAUUUCAAGAACACUCAGAGCCAUAUUCGAGCACGGCUGGAUUACCUACACCAAGCCGCCGCAUAUUUCCAGAGCAAAUCUACACUCGCCAAGGGUCAGAACGUCAAAGUCCACAACAAUGAACACACCUCUGUUGCUGGUCAUGUUGACUCAGGGGAUAAUGGCCACACAUUAGAUACUCAACAACAAGAGCUAUUGGGAAACCUCUCAAGGGUAUGUGUAUCACAUCUACGCGCCGUGGCAAUGAAGACGCAGAUUCGGUUGCCGGUCACACUGAAGAGAUCGGUUUGCAAGCGCUGUGAUACAAUAUUGACGCCGGAGGUGACUUGCUCGCAUGAAAUCAGAAACGCAAGUCGUGGCGGCAAGAAGCCAUGGGCCGAUGUACUGGUCGUCCGGUGCCUCUUGUGCGGGACAGAAAAACGAUUCCCUCAGACGGAGAAACGUGGGAAAAAGCUCGUUGAACGCCGCCAGGAGAAGGACUCGGCCUUGCUACGCGAUGUGAAUUCACAAAAAGUAGAUACCUCCGCGUCGUCGCAAGGAGCAGCAGUCGAAUUAUGUGAACAGAAUGUGCCAAUGUUGGAUGCUGCGGUGUCUGAAUAA